AUUUUUGCACAACUUCCGGUGCACGAACGUGACAUUUUUGUCUCUCAAAAGUCAAUGAAUACGCCCAAUCAAAGUAUCAGAUAAACAAAAAUCAUGCCGCAAAAUGAACAUAUAGAGUUACAUCGGAAACGCCAUGGCUACAGACUUGAUUAUCAUGAAAAGAAGAGGAAGAAAGAGGCUCGUCAGCCCCACGAAAUGGCGCAGAAAGCCAAAAAGCUGAGAGGAUUGAAAGCAAAAAUGUACAACAAGAAACGUCACUCUGAGAAGAUCCAGAUGAAGAAGACCUUGAAGAUGCAUGAAGAGAGAAAGACGAAGCAGAAGAGUGAUGAUAACGUACCUGAGGGAGCUGUACCGGCUUAUCUAUUGGACAGAGAAACACAAACUAGAGCUAAGGUCUUAUCCAAUAUGAUAAAACAGAAGAGGAAAGAAAAGGCUGGCAAGUGGGAAGUGCCUUUACCUAAAGUGAAGGGAGUCAGUGAAGCAGAGGUAUUCAAAGUAGUCAAGACUGGCAAAAGUAGACGAAAAGCCUGGAAGAGGAUGGUUCUAAAAGCCACAUUCGUUGGUGAAGGAUUUACACGAAAGCCACCGAAAUAUGAGAGAUUUAUAAGACCUAUGGCUCUCCGUUAUAAAAAGGCUCAUGUGACACAUCCAGAACUAAAAGCUACAUUCUGUCUUCCAAUCAUUGGAGUUAAGAAGAAUCCAAAUUCAGCAUUAUAUACGUCUUUAGGUGUAAUAACGAAGGGAACAGUGAUAGAGGUGAACAUCAGUGAGUUGGGUCUUGUUACACAAGGAGGGAAAGUGGUAUGGGGGAAAUAUGCUCAGGUGACAAAUAAUCCAGAACUUGAUGGCUGCAUCAAUUCUGUACUAUUGGUAUAGAAUCAUUAUGGAUAUCGGAGCAUUGUGCCUAUGGACUCUUUCACUGCCAAUAUCUAAACCUACCAAGUCUGAUCAUAACAAAGUUGAGCAGGAUUAUUGGAUCUAUGCUCAUCUCGAACCUGUUUCAUCAAAACUAAUGAUGCUGGGACACUUGUCUCCACUUGUCACUGGAAGUAUGAAGUACGAUCUUAAAUAAUGUUGUUAAGAACCAUUGUUUCUAUUAGAAAGUCAUUAUCACAUUCUGAAUGUCAGUUUACUUGUUGGCCUGUAUUUGAGUGGCUCUCUGUCAAUCAUGUCAGUCAGAUAUCUAAAAAACAUAUGUUUUGGAAUAAAUAUGAAAUGAGCCAAAAA